AACAGGCGAAGGGAGAGAUUUGAAAACGAAGAGACGAGCGAAAGAAACAUCUGCUGGCUUUUUUCUCGUUUUUUUGUUCACACUUAUCGAUAUGUCUGUGAGGCAUAUAGAUUACCUUAAGAUCAAGCCAUCACGUAUAUUGGUUGUAGAAAUCCGGCCAGUGAGGUGUUUCAUCGACACCCCAACAGGACCAUCUCGCACAGCAAAGUGGAUGACUUACAAGCACUGGAAAGAGCUGCGUUUAAUGCUGAAUGAGAUUGCUGAUCAGUAUGAGGAGCAGAGGGCCCUCCAGAAGACCACUGAAGACAUAGAAUGUAAUAAAGGCAAAACGAAAGAAGGCUCAUCAAUAAAGAUAGGGUACAUGUUCACCACAUAUCGAAAGUGUUCUUGCGUAUAUUUGACACCUAGAGAUUCAAACACUUGGUCUGAUGAUGAGGAGGAGGAUGAUGGUGAAUUACGAGACAGAGGUGGAAGAUACCAACACUUUUUACCUUGUGGUGAGAUGUUGGUAGUGAGUGUUGCUCUCCAAGAGAAUCAGCCUCUCAGUCAGUCCAAGGAGAGCCAAGAUGUGGAUGCAGACUUGCAGUGCUUGAGUGGAUCCCAGCUAGAGGGAAGGACGUCUUUCAUGAGCCCAGCACGAACAGAUCGCCAGCUCCUGAGAGCCUUGGAUAGCUCGAUAGUCUUUACCAAUACCAUCUCCGACUAUUUUGAAAGCAGCCAGAAAAAAAACGUUUCACAAGUUUUGUCCGUGCAGUCUGAAAGCACUUCAGAAGAUGCUCUUAAAGACAAGCAGUCAGUGUUAAAAAAUAUGGCUUGCAAAUCAAGAAUGAAACAUGGCAAGAGGAAAAUUGGAGGCUCAUCUAGCAGCAUUCAAUCCAGUUCAGAAAAUGAAUUUCCAAACAAGAGGCAAGUCACCAAAUCGAUUUUUGAUACAGAUAGCAGUUUUCCUUAUGACACAUCUCCACUAAGAGAUGAUACUGCAAACUUAGACUCUAUAUUUACUGAAGAAUUUGCCCAAUAUAUCCCUGCUGUGGAGGAAAAUUCUGAUGAUAUCUUCAACAUAACCAAGGAAUUUGAGCAUUCUUUACACACAAAUAACAGUACUGUGUAUUCAGGUAGCAACUUCUUACAUAAAAGUCAGGAUAAAUCACAAGUCCCAAACCUAAAGUCAUCUGUGUUUGUACAGAAUGAUCAUGGUAUUAAAGUAUCAACAGACAAAGCCAAAUCACCCUGUGAGAAUGUAAAUGAUGAUCAUACUAAAUCAACUCUUACAAAAGAUAUUUCAUGUACUGGAGAUGAAAAGGAACAUUAUAGUCUUCAGUCUCCAGCUGGAAACAAUAUACAAACUUCAACUAACAAGUCUUGCAGCCCAGUCCUUAAACGGCGAUUAAAGAAUCACACAUUAUCGUAUUUUUUGCAGGUAACUACAGAUCUAAGUGAAAGCAAGCACAACAAUCUUUGCUUAAAAAGAAGUGUGGCCACAGAGAAAAGAAAAGACACCUCUCCUAGUUACAUGGACAAAUGUGACACUUCAGAUUUGUUUUCACCUGACAGUAUCUUCACCCAAGAUGUUUCCUGUAAAAGUGCAGAAGAUUUUCAAAAACCAGAGCAUAGAAAAAGGGACAGGAGGGCAAGAAAAUUAAAAGGACCAGAAACAGUGACAGCAAAAAUGAAAUUGAAGGUACUGUUUGGUGAUAGUGAAAUGCCACAUAGUGAAGCAGAGGACCAUAAUGAGAAAAAAGACUCACCAGAAUCCAAAUGCAGUGUAAAUAAAGAAAGCAUAACAAAGUCUCUGAAACUAGGGGCUGUGGCAAAACAUCACAGUACUGAUGAUACCAGCACAUAUCGAAGAAGUAAUAGGAUUAAACAGUACAAAGAAAAAGUUGCCUUGAUAGAAAAGAACAAAUGCUAUGAUGAAACUACCUUAGACUUAAAUACAUCUGAAUCCACUGGUACUGAAGGUAAGAGCCAGUCUUCUCAGGGAGCAGAUUCUGCACACUCAAAGCCAGAUAAUGCCAUCCUUAACAUUAGCGAUGUGCUGAUUUCAAGCAGGAAAGUUAGAAAAAUAUGUUCCUCUGCCAAGACUAUAAAGGCAAUUGCAGAGUUGGACAGGAUAAGAAAAGACAUGGAGAAGUUAGAUGAACUUCGUAAUGAUGAUGACCUCAUGGGCUCAUCUCAAAAGUCUUGUAAAGAUUUUGUAACAAAUAAACCAAAGAGAGGUAGGCCUGUGUGCAAAAAAACAGUUAAUAUUCUAGCUAAUCAGUCAAAACUAGAUGGCUGGAUUACUCCAAAAGAAAAUAGGAACAAAGAUGAUAAAGAAAGUGAAGAAGUAUCUUCAAAAUUUAAAAGUAAGAAAAGUGAAGCAACUUUAGAAAUUAAAAACACAAGGAAAAGAGAAGAUAGAACUUCUAAAAUGAUAAAAAGUACAAAAAGUGAAGUUAUUUCAAAAACAAAGAAUACAAAGAAAAGUAAGGAAAUAACUCGAGAAAACUCAAUUCAGAAAAGUAUGAGUGUGAAGAGACAUAGAACAGACACUUCACUGGUGAAAGAUAGUAAAAUAAUAAAAAAAACAUUGUUUGAACUAUUUAGAAGUAGAGAUAUUGCAAGUGAUGAUUCAGUUUCUUGGAAAGGCAGUAAGGUAAAAGAUAAUCAGACAAGUUCCUCAAGUGAUUAUGGUCACAGAAGAGAAAAAAUGGGAAACACAGAUAAUAUUAGUAGCUAUAUGGAAUUAAGUGACGGUAGUUUAGAUACUGACAAUAUACUCCCAAGUACACCAAAUCUAGAAAUGCCUUUAGGUGAUUCCUUCAGACUGGAGGUAGAAAAUCCUUGUGAUAAUUGUUCCUUGCCUGAUUUAGACCUUAACAGUGAGUGUCAGUCUGAAAGUGGUGAUGACGCUCGUGAAGCCCAGGACAACCACCAAAGCCAAGAUCCGACAAAAAGCCAUGACCAAAGCCUUUUUGCAGAUGAUGACAAUAGUGAGGACUUAAAUCUGAGAUACGAUAGUUGUUCACCAAACAGCCCCCAUGAAUCUUGCAGUAAAGGUAACUUUCUUCAUCUGUGUUUUAACCCAUUGGUGUUGAGUAUAUGUACUGUUCACUGUAGUCCUGUUUGUUACUGUUCAUGGAUAUUGGAUGGUAUCAGCCCUCAUGGAAAAUUUAUAGGUGUUUGGGUGGAGAUUUUUAGAGAAGGUGGAAGAGAGUUCAGAAAUAUGUCUGAUGAACUUAUAUAUGGGCCUUUCUCAGAAGAACAAAUAUUGCAUGCAAUUGAAUGCCUGGAGAGAGAAUUUUCUAAAAUUGUUGCAAAGGCUUGUGGGAAGCACAAGGUAAACCAGUACCUUUGGAGAGUACUUGCCCCAACAUUUUUUAUCAAAAUUGUAAUGGAAAAUGAAAAGCUCUCCAGUUCUGAGGCAGAAGAAACACUAGCUGAGAUUUCAUUAAACAAAACUAUAAACAGUUUAGUUCCGUGUAUUAUAUAGUUUUAUGUAAUCCCUUGUAAUUACAGGUAAUUGUAUUCUAUAACAUUUUAUGUAUACUUUGUAUAUGUGUAUCUAACUGGAUAGUGUGUACAGUGUGAGUUUUCAUUCUUAAAACUCAUAGAUUGCUUUAGUUUUAUAUAAACUUUUGGUGAUGUUUUAAAGCUUUUUUUUCAUUCAUUGUAGGUUAUUUUUACAAGUUUUUUUCUAAUACUGAUGAUUUCAGUGGAGCCUCUUAUCAUAUUGAAUGUAUUAUAAACCUAGUGGUUUCUGUGUAUAUUAUACAAAAGUACCCAUUCCCCUAUUUCUCAAGAACAGGUUUAUUAAAAAUGAACAAGUGA